AUGUCAGCGGAGAGCGCGGGACCGGGACCGGGACCUGGGCCCGGGCCUCUCUGCCCGGAGCACGGCCAGGCUCUGAAGUGGUUCUGCUGCUCCGAGCGACGGCCGGUGUGCGCCGCCUGUGCGGAGCUGGGCGGCCGCUGCCAGGGACACCGCGUCCGCCCCGCGGAGGAGCGCGCAGAGGAGCUGCGGAACAAGAUUGUGGACCAGUGCGAGAGACUGCAGUUACAGAGUGCUGGCAUCACCAAGUACAUGGCUGAGGUCCUACCAGGGAAGAACCAGAGAGCAGUGAGCAUGGCCAGCGCAGCGCGGGAACUGGUCAUCCAGCGGCUGGGUCUGGUGAGGAGCCUGUGUGAGACCGAGGAGCAGCGGUUGCUGGAACGUGUGCAUGGCGAAGAGGAGCGGGCCCACCAGAGCAUCCUGACGCAGCGAGUGCACUGGGCCGAGGCUCUGGAGAAGCUCGACGCCAUCCGCACCUUCCUGGUGGACGUGCUCACCCAUACGGAUGACCUCCAGCUGAUUCAGAAGGAGCAGGAGAUUUUUGAGAGGACUGAGGAAGCAGAGGGCAUUUUGGAUCCUCAGGAGUCGAAAAAGUUAAACUUUAAUGAGAAGUGUGCUUGGAGCCCACUUCUGACUCAACUCUGGGCAACAGCAGCUCUCGGCUCCCUCUCAGGCAUGGAGGAUGUGCGUAUCGACGAGAGGACUGUCAGCCCCUUCCUGCAACUGUCAGAUGACCGAAAGACUCUGACCUUCAGUGCCAAGAAGUCCAAGGCCUGUGCAGACGACCCAGAGCGCUUUGACCACUGGCCCAAUGCUCUGGCUGCCACCUCCUUCCAGGCUGGGCUGCACGCCUGGAUGGUGAAUGUGCAGAACAGUUGUGCCUACAAGGUGGGCGUGGCCUUGGGCCAGCUGCCCCGCAAGGGUUCUGGCAGUGACUCUCGUCUGGGCCACAGCGCCUACUCCUGGGUCUUCUCCCGCUACGACCAAGAGUUCUGUUUCUCACACGAUGGGCAGCACGAGCCCCUGGGUCUGCUGCGCUGCCCAGCCCAGCUGGGCAUACUGUUGGACUUGCAGGCCCAGGAGCUGCUAUUCUAUGAUCCGGCCUCGGGCGUGGUGCUCCACAGCCACCAUGCAUCCUUCCCUGGGCCCCUUUUCCCAGUCUUUGCUGUGGCUGACCAGACCAUUUCCAUUGUCCACUGACCUUUGGCCCUGGGGAGGCUAGAUCUGCCUGCCCACCACCCUUUUAGGCCACACUUCUACCCAAUAUUCUUUUCCCAGAUGUUG